AUAAAUAAUACAUGACUAGCAAUCAAUCGGCACCAUUUUUUCAGUAUCAAAUGCAGUCGAUAAUACAACACACCUGAAAAUGAAAUCCAUUCACUUGUUGUUCUCAAAUUUUUGUGUUUUCACCUUUUUUAUUGCCCAACAGUUCCAUUCGGUGAAUUGUGAAGUGCCACAUUUGCAACAGCCCGUGUAUGACAGUGAUGGAAAUAUCAAAUUUUUCCCAAGGAUUGUUGGUGGAACAAAAGCCCACGAAGGGGAUGUCCGUGGAAUUGUGUCAAUUCAAACAUGGAAAAAUGAGCACAUCUGUGGAGGAACAUGGUUCAGAAUCGGAAAUAAGACGCAAAUUUUAACAGCCGCUCAUUGCGUCAUAGACAGUAAAGGUCACCUAUUUCCUAAAUUAUUGCUUCAGAUAAUGGGUGACGAUUUAUCAAUUUCGAAAUCUCCGGGUCUCCAUCGCCAAAUGCGAAAAGUCAGAAAGAUAGUUCCUCAUCCGUAUUACAAUCCGGAAAAUUUGCAAAAUGACAUUGCUAUGAUAUUUCUGACGACACAGUUCAAAGAGACACGCACAUUUGCGCCAAUUCAACUAGCGACUAGAAGUGUUGUCGACAAUCAAGCUUGUAACAUAGCCGGAUGGGGUUACACGGCCGAGAAUGGGGUGUCAUCAAUUGAACUGUUGAUGGCGAAUGUGUCGGUGGUUCCGCGGGAAAUUUGCAAUGGAGCAUUCUCCUACAAUGGACGCGUUGGUCCAUAUGCAUUCUGCGCUGGAUCAAUGGGUGGUGGCAUUGAUACAUGUCAGGGUGACAGCGGCGGUGGAAUAACGAGUCAAAAUCAAUUGGUUGGAGUCGUUUCAUUUGGUGUUGGCUGUGGACGUAGGAAUUUCCCAGGGGUGUAUACCAACGCAUACCACUACAGAGGAUGGAUUGAAAAAACGAUAAAUGCAUCACCAGCGAUCAACCAAUCAACCGUUUUGAUGCUGGCAACCGUAUUUGCUGCGAUCUUUGCACGAUCGAUGUUCUAGUGACCAAUUUGAUACAUGACAUAAUUUCCAUUGUUUCGAUACAUUGUACCUCACAUCAACUACUUACGACUUGCAUCUAAACGCAAAACACACAAUAAAUUAUUGACGAAAUUCUGA